ACUAGAAAAUUGAAAAAGAAGAAUUUAACCUCUAAACAGUAAUUUCAAAACAAAAUGCAUUUUAAAGUUUUUUCAAAAACAUACCUCAUAAAAGUACCGCAACAAAUUCGCAAGAAUCACCAUUGGUUGGCACCGACAGGAUGGGAUACUGGAAUAAAAGUGCACAAUUGCAUAACCAAACAAAAAGAGCCCCUGAUAUUAAAAAACAAGCAAUUCAUGACCUGGUAUACAUGUGGGCCUACGGUUUACGAUUCAUCCCACUUAGGACAUGCCAGUUGUUACGUUAAAUUAGAUAUAAUCCAGAGGAUUCUGAAAGAAUAUUUUAAUAUCAAUUUAGUAACUGCCUUAAACAUAACAGAUAUCGACGAUAAGAUAAUACGGAGAGCCGAAGAACUUAAAGUAAGUCAUCGAGAAUUGACGAAGAAGUACGAAAGCGAGUUCUGGACAGAUUGCCAAAGCUUAGGAAUUAGUAAACCUACUGUCGUUGUAAAGGUAACAGAGCAUAUUCCUCUAGUAAUUAAAUUCAUCGAGAAGCUUCUCGAUAACAAUCAAUGCUACAUAGCCAGCGACAAAUCUGUUUAUUUCGACGUGAAAACGACGAAAAAUUACGGAAAACUGCAAAAUAUAGGUGAACAAGAAGAAAAGAAGGAACCGGGUCACGUCAAAAAGUCCCUCCUGGAUUUUGCCUUGUGGAAGAGCACCAAAGCAGAAGGGGAACCUUUUUGGGAAAGCCCCUGGGGAAACGGUAGACCCGGAUGGCAUAUCGAAUGCUCAGCCUUAGCUUCUCGAAUAUUUGGUUCCAAUAUUGACAUCCAUGCAGGUGGGAUCGACUUGAGGUUUCCUCACCACGAAAACGAAGAAGCCCAAUCUUGCGCGUUCCACGGAACCUCCCAAUGGGUCAACUAUUGGCUACACACGGGUCAUUUACACCUUAACCAAUCCACGAAAAUGUCCAAAUCGUUGAAAAACACCGUAUCAAUUCAAGACAUGUUGAAGACGCACGAUCCGCACGAUUUCCGAAUGGCUUGUGUACUGUCCCGUUACCAAAACAACAUGGAAUACAGCGACGAAUUGAUGUCGACUGCAAAAAACACGCUGAAAACGUUCAAAAACUGCGUGGCUACCUGCGAUGAAUUCAAAAACGGCUACAUUAGUUCCACUGUGGACGCCAACGUUUUAAACGAACACCUCGACAAAAGCGCCAGGAAUAUCCACGAUGCUUUAUGUGACGAUUUUGAUACCCCGUCUGUGAUAAAAAUAUUAAACGAGCUAGUAUCGGUCACUAACAGUAUGUUGUACACGACCGCUUCGGCUGGAAAUACUAACGGCUUGGGGUCGGUUUUAGCUGUAAGGAACUUUAUUGAUAAUAUCCUGGGAAUUUUUGGUUUGAAUGUCCUCCCCGAAGCUGAUGCUUCCAAAGACUUUAGCGAAAUCGUAGAUGUAUUGAACGAGUUUAGACAGGCUGUUAGAUGUUUAGGAAUCGAUGAUAAGAACAAAAAUAUUUUGCAACUGUGUGAUAAUGUUAGAGAUAAAGCUAAAACGUGCGGUGUAUUGUUUAAAGAUCGCGGCAAAUUGUCGACGUGGAGUAUGUAAAUGAGAAAGAGAUCUGAUGAUUAACAACAAUAUUAGUUUUAUUAGUAUCUUGUUAUAGAUUUUUUAUCUGGCGUUAUCACAUUAAACAUAUUAAAAAAACAUCUAAUUUCGAUACAGUAGGCAUCUAAUUUUCUUCUUUUUUCGGUACGAGCAACAUUGAAUCCAAAAAUAAUUUCGUGAAAUCCGCCACGAUGGAUCUGUCGGGUAAAGCUUGGGCAACUCCAUAAAUCGCCAUCUAAAAAAUAGAUUUUAUAUUUAUCAGAAAUCUACUUCAAUUCAAUCGACUCACCUUUCCUUCGACUGGUUCCGAAGGGUUCUUCAGCAGCUCCUCCAACGAAGUUCUAACGUCUUCCAAAAAUUGAUCUGCUACUCCAGGUUUUGUGUGCUGCCUUGUUACGCAAAUAUGGAUGCUAGAAAAACAUUGAUAACUAACUUCCAACUCAUUAAUAAUUAAAAAUAAUUACCCAGAAGGAAAUUGCAGAACGCUCAAAUUCCAACCUUUUUCUUUCAAAGCCGAGGACAGCCGGUAUAUUUCAAAAUCAUUCGAACCUAUACCUAUGACACUUGUAACCGGUUGUCCGAAAAUGAAUAUACCUCUCAUCCUUCUCAACCUACGAAUAAAAUUAAUAGUGUUUAAAUUUACCACGAAUAUCUACUCUCAAUAAUAUUUAACCUACCCCUUUUCUAUGUAUUUCGUCGUAUGAAUCACAUCCCUAGUGGCCUGAAUGUAAUUGUCUUUUCCGAAAUUCAACAUGGCAGCCCAGCAUACUGCGAUGCUACCUCCGGGCCUCGAACCAUUGACGCUAGGAGAACCGUAUACACCACCAGGCCAAUCUGUGGUAACGGUAUAUUGGUGAUGCCUGUACUUUUUGUUCCUGUACAACACAA